AUGAUCUAAGUAAUUAAAAAUUUGAAGAAAAUAGUAAUGGAAGAUUUAGAGGAAGGAAAAUAAUUAACAUCCAUUCAAAAAAGUUAGUUUUACACUUCAAUUUAAUUAAUUUAUAUAGAAGAAUCUCUCAUUCAAUAAGCAUAUAAAAUAAAAAUAUUCUUUUAUAUAUUCACACUUGAUUCUGAAUAUUUUUUAGAAGAUGAAACUCAUCAAGAAAUAGUUACUCUCAUUCAAGAUUUUCUCACAGCGAUUAGCCAGAAAGUAAAUAAGUAAAUAAAUCAUUUUAAUUUUGCAAACGUUUUUCUUUCUUUCUUUCUUUAGAACUUCAAGAAGAAGAAAUAAAAGUAGAAGUAGCAGAAGAGGUGA